AAAGUGUGUUACAAUCAAGUAUCACAGAGUUGCUAGAGCUGCCGAGGGACAUACUGGUACAGGUCCUGGAGAACACGCGACAGAGUGACCUGAUGUCUAAGGACCGCAUCCGGGAGAUUAUACGGAGGUUUAUGCCCCUUCAGUUUGAGCGAGGAAACACUAACAUCUCCAUCACCAGCCAGGAUCUUCUGCAGCAGAAAAAACUUGCCCUGCAUGAAGGUAACAAGAACCUGCGUCAGCCCCAGCUGAUGGAGACCAAGCCAGUGUUCUAUCUGGAUGAGGACGUGGUAGACGAGGUGGAUGAGGACAGGCAGAGGCCCGGCAGCCCCUACGGCUCUCUGAAGGAGCUCUACUUUGGAGGCAACGGGCAGGUUGGGGAUCUCAACAGAUACACCAAGCCCCUACCCGCUAUUAGUGGACAAAGAUCAGCCAGUGCAGGAGCAACUCUAGCUACAAAAAUUCCGUCAAUAUCCCUCGGCCUGCCAGAGUUACCAAGCGGCAUACGACAUACGAAGCCUUUCACCUAUAAGAAACAGGCAGACUUUGACUUCACUCUUGGACGAAAGCUCCACUCUGCCUCUGCCAGAUUGUCAUCAUCAAGAUUGUCUUCAAGAUCAUCUCUUAAAGGGCCCGUUCCUACCCCACCCACCAGUUACCGCUCGACGGAGACACCUGGCUCAGACCACGGUACCGCUGGGCGUGCCAACAUGCCCUCUGAAGUGUCCAACCGCAGUGAGCACGGCAGCGACACCAAGAAAAUGACAUCAGCCAGGAGUACGCCAGACCGCCCACUGCACAAUGUGUCUCCCACAUUUUCAACGCGGGUACCCAAGGCUCCUGCGACCACGCCAGCCACCAACCAGCCCUCAUCUCCCACCAAGUCAGUCCUGCGUGAUAUCACAGGCUCCACCAUACCAGCCUCCCCUGGGGACUGGGCAAUGCGUGAGAAGUCAACCUCGCCCCUGCAGAUCAUCAGGGCACCUGUGAACACACCUGGGUCUCUUAUGCAAGAAACUGGGCUGGGAACCAUCCACGAGUCUCACCAAGAUGAAACCGGGGACCAGCUGCCAAUGUCCCGGGGCCGCAGCGUCCGCUUCGAGAUCCCGGAGGUACCCCCACCUCCAUCCUCCCCGCAGCUGUCAGACGACGGACAGAAAGACAUCAGCAGAAAUACCGUGACUAUUAGCACAACCUUGCCUAAUCCGGAUGCCGUGUCAACCAGCACAAACUAUAAACCACAGUCCGGUGGAACCAUCCGGACAGACGUGAAUACUGUGAACACAUCCAAUCUUAUGGCUGAAAAUUCAUUUGUUCGUUCACAGACACGCGAGGUUUCAUUUGUAACGUCCCCAGAACCCUGGCCCCAGGUGAAUGAAGCAGAUUUUCAGGAUGUUCCCAAACCAUCACCAGGUGAGAUAACUCAUGAUACGGCAACAGCAACCCCUGUUACCAUAACUACGGGUCACGGGUUGUCUGAGAUAGACGAAAGACGGGACAAGGAAAAAGAAAGGGCUAAGAAAACUUUAGAUCUUAGGGCUCCAAUCAAGGUACCAAGUCCGGAGAAAGAGGACACAAAAGAUAGUGAAGACAUAGAAAAGACAGAAAACUAUGUGAAUAAGACUCCAGUAGAUGAGAAUAGUUCAGCUUUGAGGAGAUUGAUGGAAGAUUCCAGAAAGACUGCCUCCCCUGCACCACCCCCACCAUCACCUGAGGCAAAACAGGACAGUAAUGCAUCCCUGAAGAAAAUGGAGUCGAGCAUGAGAAAGCCUCAAGAUGAUGACUCUGAAAUGACAGUCGUACAGAUUGCUCCCAGGGGUCUAAUGAACUCUAAGAAAGGUACCACUCAUCGAAAGAUCGAUACAUUCCAGAAUAUUGACAUCCCUGCAAAAGUGGAUGCCACACUUAAUGAUAAAGAAGAACUAACUCUGAAGACAGCAACAGUGGAACUGAGCACGGAGACAAUUCUAGAAGAACCUGAGCAUACUCCUGAACAAGAGGAUGAACAUGUAAAGACAGAUGGUACACAAGAAAAAAGUACUUUGGGGAAUAGGUCUUUUUCCGAACCAUCCACCCCAGGACCAGAGCCGGUUGCAUCUGAGGUCAAACAGACACCUGGUGAAGCUGACAAAAUGGCGGGAGCAGAGGUCUUCACUGAUUGGACAGGGCCUCGUGAGGAUCCUGAGGGGGCCCAAACAGGGGCAGUUAUCGUUCCAGACAUGACGGAGGAAGGUGGGGACCAUGAAGGGUUCAUGGAGGACCUGAGACAAGCGUAUCAAACACUGGAAAGGCAGAUCUCAGAAGAAUUUAAGGACGACUAACAAAACAGUCAUUUCAAAAGACCAGUUCAACCACUUAAUCGUAUCUUAUGGAAAACGUUAACUUGGACUUGAAUCUAAAAUGGUCACUGAACUGAACUUAAAGAGGGGGAAACAUGUACUAAAAAUGGUUGUUCACCUUUCUGUGAAAGAGCGCCUGAUACUUUCUAUUCGUUUUGUUAUGACCAUUUUUUUUUUAUCAGACAAAAUGUCUUGAAUUGUUUUAAUUUGAAACGUUUUGAUGUCAUUAUCUACGUGUCACACAUCCAUGUCAUUGUAUCUUUAUUCUUACUUUAAUACUUAUUGUUAACUUUAGGUUCUAAUUAAAUAGGAUAUAUGGGAUAGGCAAUUCAUAAUAGAUUUAAUGUGCCCAAAUGGCUUGGAGUUUGGUGGCGAACAAACUAGCAGUGGAAGUACCUAUUAUGUAGUUAAAUGGGUAUUCUGAAAUUUGUUUCCAUUGAAAUUUGAUUUGCUGAACAUAUCAGUUACAAAUAUAUACAAACCUAGAUGAUAACCUAUAGAAGCGGUGAUGUUAUUUGUCUUUAUCUUUGCCUAGUUUUACAGUAUCCAGACAUUCAUCCACCUGGGCUUGUAUUUACAAGCCCUAUAGGCAAAUCUUAACUUGAGUUGUGCUUAAGUGAAAAUAUCGGAUCAAAUUUUUGAUUACUUAGGGAUACAAUAUUAUCACUUGUUAACGUGGUAUAAUGUGAAAAUACCUACACACGAAAUUGCCAGAUACUUCAAUGUUGUGAAUUUAUUGUAUCUUGCGUGUUAUGUUUUUCAAUUACCGACGCUGCAUUAUAUAAGAACCUGGUUUGUCCCAGCUCUCCUACCUGAUUGAAUAACUGUACUCCUGAAAGUUGGGACACAUUUUGUAUUAUAUUAGCAAUUUCCAGCCCCGUAUUUAUUUUAUUUUCUGAAAUGUAUACAAUAUGAUGUGGCCUUGUGCUAUGGGGAAAAGCGGACAGCCUAGAGAAAACCACAGCAAUGUUGUAUGGUGACCACCAACCAAACUUACUGUGAUUAAUCAAUAUGUAUUUAUUCAAAAUGUACAUCAAGCUUUAUUUAAGAUAUGUUUAUACCAUGAUAUGUAAAAUUUUGUUCUAUAUUAUCACAUUUUUGUGAUUGUUCAGUCUGUGAUAAUGUGUUUUAUGUGAUUUAAACUGUGUGUCAGCUUUUAUUGAUUUUUAAAACAACUUUUAAUGAAUUGGUCAUAAUUGAACGAAAGGUAAAAAUAUGAAAAUAUUUGUAGAACUUUUAUUACUGUUGACGUGUUUUUGGUUUAACUAAUUACUGUCCUAUUUUAGAAGAUGCCAUUGUUUAACAGGGAUGUAUAUAUUUAUCCUUAAGCUGUGAUGUUAUUUGCGAACAGUCACAUUUGCAUUUAGUUGUUGUCCUUUAAAAUACAAAGAAUAUUGUUUACUUUUUAUAUCUUAUGUCACAAUUAUCUGCACUGUUAUUGGUUGUACCUGUUCAUUUUGAAAUCACAUUUGUAAUAAAAUAUGUAAAUCAGAA